CCUUCCACCCUACCUUGGCUCCCAGACAGGGUGUAGCGUUACCUCUGACCUUUUCCGCAAGGAGCAACCUCUGCUCCUGCCUGCAGCCCCUGACAAAUGGAGGAGAAAGUGCUGAAUAUCCCAGCCUCCACACCCCAAUUCACCAACCUCCCCACCAUGGUGGUGAUGGUGGGGUUGCCAGCGCGUGGGAAGACCUACAUGUCCCAUAAGCUAACUCGUUAUCUUAAUUGGAUUGGGAUAGCAACAAGGGUAUUUAAUGUGGGGCAGUACAGACGGGAAGCAGUGCGGAGUUACAGGAGCUACGAGUUCUUCCGGCAUGAUAAUGAAGAGGCAAUGGAAAUCCGGAGGCAAUGUGCAUUGGCUGCGCUGCGGGAUGUCCACACCUAUUUGAGCUGUGAAGAAGGGCAAGUGGCGGUGUUUGAUGCCACCAAUACAACACAGGAACGCCGGGAUUUGAUCCUGCAGUUUGCAAAGGAGAAUGGAUACAAGGUUCUCUUUGUUGAAUCCAUUUGUGAGGACCCUGACAUCAUCGAGCAGAACAUCAAGCAAGUGAAGCUGAGCAGCCCAGACUAUGUGGGCCACGGGCAAGAAGAAGCGGUGGCCGAUUUCCUCCAGCGCAUCGAGUGCUACAGGCACACGUACGAACCCCUGGAUGAGAGGAGAGAUGGGGCACUAUCGUACAUCAAGGUCUUUGAGGUGGGGCUGCGGUACCUGGCAAACCGGGUGCAGGGCCACGUGCAGAGCCGCAUCGCCUACUACCUGAUGAACAUCCACGUCACCCCACGCACCAUCUACCUCAGCCGCCAUGGCGAGAGCCACCUCAACCAGCAGGGCCGUAUUGGGGGCGAUGCAGGACUGUCUCCCCGCGGGCGGCAGUAUGCCCAGGCCCUGGCCAAGUUCAUCCAGAGCCAAAAGAUCCUGGAGCUGAAGGUAUGGACCAGCCACCUCUGCCGGACCAUCGAGACAGCCGAGGCGCUGGGAGUGCCCUAUGAGCAGUGGAAGGCCCUCAACGAGCUCGAUGCGGGUGUCUGUGAGGAGAUGACUUAUGAGGAGAUCCAGGAGCGCUACCCGCAGGAAUUCGCACUCCAGGAUCAGGAUAAAUACCACUACCGGUACCCCAAAGGCGAGUCAUAUGAAGACUUGGUGCAGCGGUUGGAGCCGGUCAUCAUGGAGCUGGAGCGACAGGAGAACGUCCUGGUCAUCUGCCACCAGGCCGUCAUGCGCUGCCUGCUGGCCUAUUUCCUGGACAAGAGUGCAGGUGCAGCUCUGAGGACAAUUAAGGACAUCUUGGGAUCAAUUCAGGAUGCUUUGGGGACACCCCAAACCCUAGCAACCCCUCUACACCUACUUUUUGUGUUGUCCCUCCCAGAGGAGCUGCCUUACCUCAAGUGUCCCCUGCACACAGUCCUCAAGCUGACACCAGUGGCCUAUGCUCUAGCCGGUUCCAUCUCUGGACCCUCAGGCUGUGAGGUAGAAUCUAUCUUCCUCAACGUGGAAGCAGUGAACACCCACCGGGAGCGCCCCCAGAGCAUGGAAAAAACUGAAGAGAUUGAGUGUCAAAAUGCCGAUGAUGAUGAGUCUUGCUUCCAUCUCAGUCUCUGUUUCACCUCAACUGCCUGGAUCUGCCAUCCUGCAGCUAGUUUUCCUGUAGAAAAAGCCCCAAGAGUUUUUCUGCUGCAUCUGAUUUGUACAAUUUCAGUGUCGGAAGAAACUAGAUUUAAAAACACAGGAAGAGACCCAUGUCCUCUUUGAUUUCAGGUGUUUUGAGACAAAAAGUGCCUUGGGUCAGACAUUCUCCUAAGUCAUUCCAGCCUCAUCCCAUCCAUUUUCUUGUUCUGUGUAGGAGGGGGCAUGUGAAAAUGGAGAGCAGGAAACUUGAUUUCAAAGAGAAAGCCCAAGCUAAAACUGGUUCCCUGGAAAAUGCCCACCCUGGACCUGGCGGUGGGAACGUCAAGGUAAGGGAUGGAGAGCCAGAAGUUGAACUUGAGACAACACACUAAAGCCCCUGUCGGUUAUGGGGCUGAGAGCAUCACGGAGUCCCCAGGCAGGGCCAGCGAGGCCUCACCACGCAGACUCAUCAGUAUCUCGUCCUCUGGAAGCACAAACCUGGUUGGAAGAAUACUUGCUGUUCCCAGUACCUAUGUCCUGGCGAAAACAAGUCUUUUAGACAGAGAUGAACAAGUCACUCAAUACCUUUUGUGUUUGCAAAAUUCAUUUUAUCAGAUGUAUAAUCAUGCCUAUUGGUAUCAAGGAAUAAGUCCUGAGAUCAAAGUUCAUAAGAUAGAGCCUGGGGACAAAGUAUAUAUUAAAAAUUUAAAAAGGAAAACUAGGUCUGAACAGAAGUGGAAAGGUCCAUAUGUUGUUCUGUCAACUUCUUUUUAUGCCAUCAAGGUGUCUGGAACAGAGAGCUAGACCCAUCAUUCACACAUGCAAAAGGAGACUGGAGAAUAGUGGACUUCUGUAUUGGUUUGUCUAUUUUGUUUUGUAUCUCUACAGAACAGUAACAUCUUGUGCAUGAAGUGUGCUUCAUAUUAUUGAGAUGGCUUUACCGAUAGAACUAUUGUGUUAUAGAGCAAUUGCUCUUGUAAACUUUUGGGCCAAAUUAUUUGCAUUCAGAAAGACACUGGACAGACUGUUUUUACGUCUAGUAGUCUGAAGUCCAACAUGAGAGAUCCUAUCUAUCUUACAAUGCUCUCAAAUUCUGUGCAAAUGAUCCUGAUGAUCCUUGGGAUGCUUGGGCCCACAGCUAUGGCAUUACAGGCCCUGUCCUUUCAGAUCACUUACAUGUCUAUCAGCCAACAAGGGGAAUUGGCUCGCGGUGUUAUGAUCAUCAAAUGUGGGGAAUAUCAAAUGGGGGAGAUAUGUGUUGUCAUAGAUUCAAUUCAUAGAGCAAUCAUUUUACUUCUAAAUUUAGAAUCAUUAUUUAUCAGUAUUUUUCUUUGUUCCCAUAUUAUGAUUUUUAUCAUUUGCAUCUUUGUCUGGGUAGUUUUAGUAAAUGUUAUAGGUUUAUGACUUUUGCAACUAUGAAACAGCUGGUUCAGAAGUGGUGUCACCAGGGUGGAACUGGACAGCUUAUGGAUGGAUAAUUUGCGUAUCUCCCCUAUGAAACCCUCUACUAGCAAUCUAAACCUCAGUGAGUGUUGAAUUUGUGUAGCUUUGCCUAAAAUGGGGAACCAGGGCUUUUGAUUAGUUGGCAUUCCUAUUCCCAAAAAUGUGGAUUAGAAGAAAUAUUGGUUUAACACUACUUUUUCCAAAAUUUAUGAAGAACAGUUUUGGGAUAUUGGUCUUGCCUGCGAUUGGAGAUUAUUCCUAUGUUCGCUGCAUAUAGAGGUGUUAUCUUUCGAGCACUGACAAUCAGCGGUUUCUGAAGGAAUCAUUCUUUUGUAGGAAACUGGACUAAAUGUCAGAUUAUGUCCUCAAUCACCUCAGGAUUGUGCUUAAAUUGGUGAGAACCUGUAUACUUAGGAAUAUUUUGGUUGUGUGGGAGCAAGGCAUACAAGGCACACUGCCUUUAGACUGCAGUGGUGUUUGUACAUUGCGGGUUUUAUCAACCAAUUUGGAAAUUUACCCACAGACUGUUCCUGGACCUACAUGGCACAGAACCUUUUUAACCUGUACCCAGAAGUACAGAAGAAAUAACUGAACUAUCAAAAGUUAUGAUUCAGAAUCAAAUGGCAUUAGAUAUAGUUCUAGCUUCCCAAGAAGGACAAGGUACAGUUUUAAUUGUUAGCAGCUGCAUGUAUACAGGAAAACAGGAGAACUCAUGACUGAUGUGCAGAAGAUUUGGGAAGUAAAUUCAACCAUGUAGCAAAUUCAAAAUGAUGAUACUUCUUGGGGUUUUACUGAAACCUUUUAAUAGUUGACUUCUUGGUUUUCAAACUUAGCUACUUGGUUGAAGAACUUACAUGUAAUUGCAUUGGUGAUAAUAUUGAUUAUAGCUUGUAUGAUUGUUCUAGUAUAAUGUUGUAUUACUUGUAGUGACAUAGAAUCAUAAAAUCACUAGGUUGGAAGGGACCCACUGGGUCAUCGAGUCCAACCAUUCCUAACACUCCCUAAACCAUGCCCCUCAGUACCUCGUCCACCUGUCUCUUAAAUACCUCCAGGGAAGGUGACUCAACCACCUCCCUGGGCAGCCUGUUCCAGUGCCCAAUGACACUUUCCGUGAAAAAUUUUUUCCUGAUGUCCAGCCUAAACCUCCCCUGACGGAGCUUCAGGCCAUUCUCCCUUGUCCUGUCCCCUGUCACUUGGGAGAAGAGGCCAGCUCCCUCCUCUCCACAACCUCCUUUCAGAUAGUUGUAGAGAGUAAUAAGGUCUCCCCUCGGCCUCCUCUUCUCCAGGCUAAACAACCCCAAUUCUCUAAGCCGCUCCUGGUAAGACUUGUUCUCCAGCCCCCUCACCAGCUUUAUUGCUCUUCUCUGGACACACUCCAGAGCCUCAACAUCUUUCUUGUCAUGAGAGGCCACAACUGAACACAGUACUCAAGGUGCGGUCUCACCAGUGCUGAGUAUAGAGGGAGAAUCACCUCCCUGGACCUGCUGGUCACACCGUUUCUGAUACAAGAUGCCAUCAGCCUUCUCGGCCACCUGGACACACAGCUGGCUCAUGUUCAGUCGGCUGUCAACCAACACCCCCAGGUCCUUCUCCUCCAGGCAGCUUUCUAGCCAGAUUUCUCCUAGUCUGUAGCACUAUGUAGGGUCAUUAUGCCCCAAGUGCAGGACCUAGCAUUUGGCUUUGUUAAACUUCAUGCUGUUGGCCUCAGCACACCAGUCCAGCCUGUUCAGAUCCCUUUGCAGAGCUGCCCUACCCUCCAUCAGAUCCAUGCUUCCACCCAGCUUAGUGUCAUCUGCAAACUUGCUGAGGGUGCACUCAAUGCCUUCAUCCAGGUCAUUGAUAAAGACAUUGAACAGGGCUGGACCCAGUACCAAGCCCUGGGGAAUCCCACUUGUAACUGGCCUCCAGCUGGAGUUAACUCCAUUUACCACCACUCUCUGGGCCUGGCCCAGAAGCAGAAUGCUGUAAGAAACUGUGUCAAAGGCUUUCCCUCAUCCAGUAGUCGAGUCAUUCUGUCAUAGAAGGCAAUCAGGUUAGUUUGGCAAGAUCUGCCUUUUGUAAACCCAUGUUGACUGCGCCUGAUCACCUGGUUCUCUUGCAUGUGCUUCAUGAUAGCACUCAAGAUCACCUGUUCCAUGACUUUCCCCAGCACUGAGAUCAGACUGGCAGGCCUGCAGUUCCCUGGAUCCUCACUGCCACCCUUGUUGUAGAUGGGCACAUUAGCCAGCCUCCAGCCCAGUGGAACUUCCCCAGUCAGCCAGGACAGUUCAUCAGCUGCUUCUUCUUGGCUGGGUGGUCUGUAGCAGACUUCCAUCAUAAUACCUGCCUUCUUGUGGGCUCCUCUGAUUUUAACCCGUAGGCACUCAGUCCCUUCCUCACCGUAAUUGAGCUCAAGAGUAUAACCACAUGAUUGAUAAGGUGCAGCAAUGGCUAUGGUUCCAUUGAACGAGGAAUCACAGGGAUGUAAUAAAAAACAAAAGGAGGGAAUAGUUAAAGGAAAUGAGGAGAUGCAAUAAAUAUAUACAUGUAGGACUCUGAUAUUAUUGAUAGUUGAUUGUGAUAAAUAGAGUAUUUAAUCAUAGAAUAGUUUGGGUUGUAAGGAAUCUUAAAGAUCAUCUAAUUCCAGCCCCCUUGCCAUGGGCAGGGACAUCUCCCACCGGACCAGGCUGCCCAAGGCCCCAUCCAACCUGGCCUUCUGUGGCAUAUUGAAGCAUGGACUCCGAGUCGGGAUCAAAGACCUUUAUUAAGCAAAAGCAAUCCCUUUUAUACCCCUGCCUCAUUGAGGCAGAGCUUUCCCUCUUGCCCAAAUAACUCAUUUAUGCUUUCUUGUUUCCCAACCUUGCAUAGUCUGUUUUUAGCACAAAUAUCUACAGCUCUUAGCAACAAUCUUGAGCCCGUGGUUUCCUCCUCUCUGCGCCCUUGCUCCUGCCCAUUAAUCCCAUGGUUUCUUGCCCACUAAGGCAAUAAUAUCUUUACUGUUUUCCGUUAACAAAUUGCCACCUGGCCCUACAGCCUUCAACACUUCCAGGGAUGGGGCAUCCACAGCUUCCUUGGGCAACCUGGACCAGUGCCUCACCACUCUCAUAGUGAAGAAAUUCCUCCUUAUGUCUAGUCUGAAUCUGCCCAUCUCCAGUUUAUAGCCAUUGCCCCAGUCCUAUCACUACAUGCCUUUGUAAAAAGAAUAAUAUUUUUACUUCAGUGAGUUUCAAUGAACUUGUUUUGAGUUCAGUGGACUUUUUUUACUUCAAUGGCCUUGUGUUGACUUCAAUUUAUUAGUUCCAUGUUCAAUGGACUUUUUUUUAUUUCAGUGUAAUUGUUUUGACUUGAAUAAACAUUUUUUGACUGAAAUGUACUUCUUUUGACAUAAGUGGACUUUUUCUGCUGGAAGUAGAUAUUUUAAUAAAUUCGCUUGUUUUGACUUAAAUAAACUUGU